GCUGUGCCUCAGUUUCACUUUUGACCGGGCAGGCUGCAGUCACAGCUCUGUUGCAGUCAGAGCAGGUCGCCUCCUGUGCUGCGUGUUAUCUGAGGUGACAUGGAGCUGCUGCCCUCUCUGCUGUCCACCCUGAGGAGCCAGGAUACUGGGACUCUGGAUCACGAGUACAGUCUGAUGCGUUUACAGAGCACUGUGUUAAAGAGAGGCCUGAGUUUGACCACGGAGGCCGGAGCUCUGAAGGAGAACAUUAAGAAGAACAGAUACAAGGACAUCCUGCCAUACGACCAGUCUCGGGUGGUGCUCACUCUGGUGACCUCAGACUCUGACUCUGACUACAUCAACGCCAGCUUCAUCAAGGGGGCAUCAGCAGAGCUCAGGUACAUCGCCUCCCAGGGUCCACUCAGCUCCACCCUGACCGACUUCUGGAGGAUGAUUUGGCAGCAUGACGUCAAGGUGGUGAUCAUGGCCUGCAGAGAGAUCGAGAUGGGAAAGAAGAAGUGUGAGUGUUACUGGGCCCCAGUUCACCAGUCGGCUGCAUUUGGACCCUUCACUGUCUAUAACCAGGGGGAGACACAUCCGAGUGAAGAUGUGGUGGUCAGAACGCUGGCUGUCACAUACCUGCAGGACUGCCGUGCAGUGAUCCAGUAUCAGUUCCUGUCGUGGCCGGAUCACGACGUUCCCUACGAAGCUGCAGGAGUCCUGGACCUGCUGGAGAGAGCCAGAGACAGCCAGGGAGCACAUGGCUCGCCUCUGCUGGUGCACUGCAGUGCAGGCUGUGGGAGGACGGGAGUCAUCUGCGCUCUCGACUACAUCCAUGACCUGCUGGUUACCAAGCAGCUCACAGCAGAUUUCAGCAUCCAGAAGAUCGUCCAGCAGCUCAGGAGGCAGAGGCCCUCUGCAGUCCAGACUAAAGAUCAGUAUCGGUUCAUCUUCACUGCUGUCACCUGUAUGUUCGAGCGGGCCCUGCAGUCGUCCGGGGGUCAGCUGUGCUGCAGCCUGCCUGAGCUGAAGAAACCAGAGGAGAAAAGCACAACACCUGCGUCCUCCACCACGAGAUUAUCGACGCAGGUUGCCAUGAAUGAUACGUACGCUGUGGUCAACAAGCCCAAACAUCCACACCCACCUACAACAAGCCCCACCUACGCUGACGUGGCCCUGCCCAGGUCGAGCAGGACCCUGCCCCCCACCCACUACUAUGAUAAUGAUGCUACCGGGGGGGCAGCAGCUCCCAUCUACAGCGUCGUCAGACCCCGACCUAAAUCUGCCAUGCCCGCCUGUGCCACAGCUACACCAGCCAAUCACAGGGUGGGGGAGGAACCACUGUCAAUGGGGGACAGCGGAGAUUAUCACCUGGUGCCAGGACUCCCACCAACAGACGCCGAUUAUGAAGACAUGUCCUCUUCAGUCUCGGACAUGAGCGGCUCCUGUUCACCAGGUGGCAUCGGGUUUAACUGUCGCAUUCAGAAACCUCGAGGACCCCGAGAUCCUCCUGCUGAGUGGAUCCAACUGAAGAGAUGAACUGGUCGAACUGGACCUCGCUGGGUUACUGUAGACUCUUAGACUUGAUCAGUGCAUUAAAGUUAACAUGAAGGGAUGAAGUGAACCGAAGGGCCGCGGCCUGUGAGACUGUUGUGUGAUGUGAUGGGACAGUUGUUGUUUGUGGAUCAGUUUCUCAUGAGUGUUUGCAGGCAGCAGGUUUUCAUGCAAAGAGUGUGUGUUUGUGUUUUAUACAUAGUUUUUAAAACUCGAUCCUCUGCACACGUCUGUGUGUUACUCUGACAAAGUGCUCGAGCAUGUGAACAAUUCGGAUACCGGUUUGGUUAAUUUUGUCAACAAGAGUUUAAAUAUUCAAAAAGAGAAGUAACGUGGAUUAAAUACGAUGUGCAACAUACGUGUAAGAGCUGCACAUGAAGUGUUCUGCAUCAACUGACACAGGAUAAAACACUAGGAGCUUCAAACCAGCAGCUCGUGGACUGUUAACACCAUAAAAGGUCCUGCACUGAAAAUGGCUUCAGUAAAACCACGUGAGCACAGUCAGGAAAUCCUGAUUCAAAUCUCACAAGCGAAAGAACCGUAAUCUAUGCUCCAGUAGACCAUCAGACUGUUAUUAGGCUACUCGUGCAUUACUGUGCACAUCUUCCUCCUGCAGUCGGUUGAGGUACAGCUAGUUUGUACAAGGCUGGAGCCCGUGAUUAUUUGUUGACUACAUAAUUGUUUGGUUUGUAAAAGUUCAGAAAACUGUGAGAAACCUCGCCACAGUGAGCCAGAGUGACCCGGCAGCCCAGAGCAGUACUGUUACUUCAAAGGUAAAGCAAUAAAAUGUCAUGAGAGACCGGAGCCGUGGCGUGGUUUUUCAUUAUUACUCAACUUUCUGUUUGGAAACUUGACCUAACUGAAGUUAAAACUCUCUUCACUGUUCAACUUCUGUUUUCCAUUUCUUACAGAUUCCCUGUUCUGUCAUUUGCUUCCUUCCUUCCCUCCUUUUCUACAUCCUUCUAAUGGCUCCAUCCUCCAUCCUAGUUCCUAUAUUUCCUUCUUUCAUUUUUUUGAAUUUAUACACUUUAUACAUAAGACACACACCUGUCCUCUUUCAUAAACUUGUCCUUCUCUUCUUGCACUAACUUAACCAGUCUGCCUCUUCUAAGUGAUCAGCAGCUUGUAAUACCUGUGGAAGUGAUUUUUCUAUUAUCAUCGCUGUUGUAACAGGCAGAAAAGGAGAUGUGCUCAGUUCUGUCACUGUACUACAGGCAGCACUACAGUAUCAGUUGUAGGAGUAAAUUUGAAAGUGAAGUAAUUUUACUUAAAUCCAACGCAGGCCUUGGUGUUGGGGCGGCCCGCUGCCUCAGCAUGGAGGCUCCAGGUGCGAACCUGGUGGCCGACCAGAACCUUUCUGUGCAGACAUUUCUUCUUCGUUGGUUUCCUCCAGCUACUCUAGCUUCCUCCCACAGUCCAAACACAUGCAGGUUAGGGUGACCGGUGUCUCUGUGCAUCAGCCCUGUGACAGACUGGCCAUCUGUCCAGGUGGACGCUGCCUGUCGCCCAGUGGCUUCUAUCACACACUUCCAAUACUGACCACCAGGAGGCAGCAGAGCAGCAUGAAAUCAGCAGGUGGUCCACACAGUACAGUAGCAUCCAGAUCCCAGACCAGUAUAAGAACAGGCACUCAGGGAGGAAGAGCAUGGUUUCAGGUUAACCUUCAGCAUAACUGGACUGAGGUCAAUGUGUGGCUUUCUUCAGACUGUGCACAGUGAUUCGUUCUCAGCCUGUGGAGCUGGUUGUUGGAAACAGAUGCCUCCCGUGUUUCCUGAGGAAACCCACCCCCCCAGUGCAGCGGUGUGUCUCACUGGGGGGGUUAGUAGCUGGU